AUGGCCGCGUCCACCAUGUCCAUCUGCUCCAGCACCUGCACCGACUCCUGGCAGGUGGACGACUGCCCAGAGAGCUGCUGUGAGCCUCCCUGCUGCGCCCCCAGCUGCUGCGCCCCAGCCCCCUGCCUGACCCUGGUCUGCACCCCAGUGAGCUGUGUGUCCAGCCCCUGCUGCCAGGUGGUCUGUGAGGCCAGCCCCUGCCAAUCAGGCUGCACCAGCUCCUGCACAUCCUCAUGCUGCCAGCAGUCCAGCUGCCAGCCGGCUUGCUGCACCUCCUCCCCCUGCCAGCAGGCCUGCUGUGUGCCUGUCUGCUGCAAGCCCGUCUUCUGCAAACCUGUCUGCUCUGGGGCUUCCUCUCCGUGCUGCCAGCAGUCUAGCUGCCAGCCAGCUUGCUGCACCUCCUCCUGCUGCAGACCCUCCUCCUCCGUGUCUCUCCUCUGCCGCCCCGUGUGCAGCUCCACCUGCUGCGUGCCCGUCCCCUCCUGCUGUGCCCUCACCUCCUGUUGCCAGCCCAGCUGCUGCCUGAGCUGUGUGUCCAGCCCCUGCUGCCAGGCGGCCUGUGAGCCCAGCCCCUGCCAAUCAGGCUGCACCAGCUCCUGCACACCCUCAUGCUGCCAGCAGUCCAGCUGCCAGCCGGCUUGCUGCACCUCCUCCCUGUGCCAGCAGGUGUGCUGCGUGCCCGUCUGCUGCAAGCCUAUCUGCUGUGUGCCCACCUGCUCUGAGUCUUCCUCUUCAUGCUGCCAACAGUCUAGCUGCCAGCCAGCUUGCUGCACCUCCUUGCCCUGCCAGCAGGCCUGCUGUGUGCCUGUCUGCUGCAAGCCCGUCUGCUAUGUGCCUGUCUGCUCUGGGGCUUCCUCUCUGUGCUGCCAGCAGUCUAGCUGCCAGCCGGCUUGCUGCACUACCUCCUGCUGCAGAUCCUCCUCCUCUGUGUCCCUCCUCUGCCGCCCCGUUUGCAGGUCCACCUGCUGCGUGCCCGUCUCCUCCUGCUGUACCCCCGCCUCCUCCUGCCAGCCCAGCUGCUGCCGCCCAGCCUCCUGCGUGUCCCUCUUCUGCCGCCCCACGUGCUCCCGUCCGGCCUGCUGA